AUGCCUGUGACGAAGUUCAAGACACCCGAGAAGUACAGAUAUCACGAAGGGUUCGGAUCAUAUCACCAGUCCGAAGCGAUUAAGGGCGCGCUACCAGUCGCGCAAAAUACGCCACAGAGACCGCCGUACGGUCUGUAUACCGAGAAAAUCACGGGGUCAAGCUUCACUGCUCCUCGAGGGGAGAUUCAUCAAACAUGGCUCUAUCGAAUGAUACCAGCCUGUGCUCAUUCGCCUUUCCUGCCCGAAGAUCAACAGAGCACGGAGAAGAGGCUGGCGGAUCAAAGAUUGAGCCACACUCCAACACAACUCCGAUGGAGUCCGUUUGACCUGGAUGACUCGGAGGCUGUCGACUGGCCGAAUGCCAUGAGAUUGUUAGCAGGAGGCGGAGAUCCUGCAUCAAGGACUGGAGUGGGCUACUCGAUCUUCACAGCGGGCAAAUCCAUGGAUCCCACCACUGCUUACUACUCAUGCGAUGGCGAGCUCUUGAUCAUUCCUCAACAUGGCAUGCUCGACAUCCGCACGGAGCUAGGUUGCCUGCUCGUUCGUCCUCAUGAGAUAUGUGUGAUUCCACGAGGCAUACGAUACAAUGUUGCGCUACCACAAGGCCCUGUACGAGGGUAUGCGAUUGAGAUGUAUCAGUGUCACUUCAUCUUGCCUAAUCUAGGGCCACUGGGUUCGUUCGGACUUGCUAACUCGCGCGACUUCCAAGUCCCGGUAGCGUCCUUUGUGCAAAAUACUACACAGGAGCACAAACUGGUGGCCAAGUUUAACAAUGGGCUGUAUACCGCAACGCAAGACCACUCCCCCUUCGAUAUUGUUGGCUGGCAUGGACUGUACUAUCCGUAUAAAUAUGACUUGGGCCACUUCAUGACCGUCGGAAGUAUUUCCCACGAUCAUCCCGACCCAUCAAUCUUUACGCUACUUGCAUCGACUGAAGGGGUUGUAGAAAUGGCAAUAUUUCCUCCCCGCUGGCUUGUCAUGGAGAACACCUUCCGUCCGCCCUGGUACCACCGGAAUACCGUGUCCGAGUUCAUGGGCCUGAUUUCUGGUGAGUAUGAUGCAAGGACAGAUGGUGGCUUCCGACCUGGGGGAGCCAGUCUGCAUAACGUGAUGGCGGGACAUGGUCCGGAUAGCAAUACUCAUCAGAAGGCGAGUGUUCAAGAGCUGGUGCCCCAAUACAUUGGAGAGGGGAGCUUGGCGUUUGUCAUAGAGACACCUGUGCUCUUGGGUGUUACUGAUUGGGGAAUGAAGAGCUCCAAAAUGCAACUACAAUAUUACGCAGAGACCUGGGGAGGUCUGAAGUCGCACUUCCAACCACCAGAAGGCGCCGAGGUUGUGAGUAAUGCUGCUCCAGAUGCGGGUCGAGUGAAUGGGACGAAUGUGGUACAUUGA